ACAGAAGUGUCAGGACAGAGCAGAUUAAAGUGCGCCCAUCAACACCCACUCACACCUACACUUCAGCAAAGUGCCGACAACAAGAACAGUACCUGGGCGCUGAAGCUGUUGCUGCUAAGGACUCCUCUAUAAGAAGCCGAUGGUGGUGUGUAGACCAAGACAUUUUGGUAUCGUAGGUUUCUUAUCACAUCUCAACACUAAGCGAGGAUGAGCCCAACAACACUUUAUUGUCUUCUUGGACUUGUACUGAUAGUUCCUGAUGCUGUCAUUGGUGCUAUGUUUCAAGAAGAUUGCUCUGUCAACAACAUCUGCAUUUCUGGUUAUGCGUGUGAGAUAGACCUACAGAUUUGUCUGGCGACACCAGGUCAACAGUGUAAUACGACUACCGACUGCGUGUAUGGUGCUUCGUGCUCGGAGGGUAUAUGUUACUGUAACUCUGGGUACCGGCCGUUUUUAGCCGGGUUCUGUGAACAUGACGAUAACACUCGUCUAUUAGGAGAACCUUGCUCCGACAAAAGGCCUUGCAAUCAUGAUGGAAAAGAUUCUCGUGGCACGAUCACAUGCUAUGUAUGUGAUCGGGUGACAGACAGGUGUGCAACGAAAGCCAGCUCUUUAUGUCUAACAUCCACGGAGUGUGUGUCGCAUUCUACCUGUGAUUGGUUAGAAGGAUGUGUCUGUGACAGCGGAUACACUGCCAAUGAGGCUGGGCUGUGUGGUCCUAGUGCUGGUGGUACUUCAGGAGACUACUGCUCUAGCCAGACGCCUUGCCUCUCUGGUUAUGUGUGCAUAGAGCAUACGUGUUAUUCUGACGGGGGCGCUGCCUGCUCUGACUCCCUGCAAUGCCCUAAUGGGACAUGUGAUUCGGAACAGAAAAAGUGCUCAACGAAAGCCAGCUCUUUAUGUCUAACAUCCACGGAGUGUGUGUCGCAUUCUAUCUGUGAUACUUUAGAAGGAUGUGUCUGUGACAGCGGAUACACUGCCAAUGAGGCUGGGCUGUGUGGUCCUAGUGCUGGUGGUAGUUCAGGAGACUACUGCUCUAGCCAGACGCCUUGCCUCUCUGGUUAUGUGUGCAUAGAGCAUACGUGCUAUGCUGACGUGGGCGUGGCCUGUUCUGACUCCCUGCAAUGCGCUAAUGGGAUAUGUGAUUCGGAACAGAAACAGUGCUUACUACCGCAGUACUACCGAUGUCAAACCUCUGCCAGCUGUGUGUCGCAUGCUACGUGUGCCAGUCACGGUCACUGUAUGUGUAACACCGGAUACACUCCCAAUCGGAUUGGUCUUUGUGAAGCAAUUGGAAAUCAAGUGGCUAAUCCAACUACAAGUCCAACAUCUGUGGAAAACAGUACACAGGCUGUGGCAAACAGUACACAAGCUGUGGCAAACAGUACACAAGCUGUGGCAAACAGUUCACACGCUGUGGAAACGAGUUCACACGCUGUGGAAACGAGUUCACACGCUGUGGAAACGAGUUCACACGCUGUGGAAACGAGUUCACACGCUGUGGAAACCAGUACACACGCUGUGGAAACCAGUUCACACGCUGUGGAAACCAGUACACACGCUGUGGAAACCAGUUCACACGCUGUGGAAACCAGUACACGACUUGUGGAAGGAAGUACAACGAUAAGUAAUACAUGUUCUGGGCAGCGAAACAAGGGCUUGAGACUGACGAUGGUGUGGAUACCCAACGGUCUCUCCUUGAUGACCGCUUUUCUACUCGUCGGCUUGUAACCUGUACGGUACAUGUGUGUUUGUGUGUGUAUGUCAGCAAGUGGGCUACUUGACAUUGUAAACACUCUUUCCAUUUAUCUUCCAUCACGACGAAGGAAUUACUUUCUUCUAUUUGUAAAAAGACGCCAAUGAUUCUAGACCUCAUAUUCAAACCUGUGCUCUACGAUAUCCUUAAUAAUUUAUUUGUAAUGUAGACUAUCAUAUCGCACUUAGAAACCAUUGGGUUAAAUCUGAGUGAAUACAGGGAAAAGAUUCACUAAUUAUGCUUCAUUGGUUUUAGUUUAGUAAGUACAGGUAAUGGAUUUAAUGAAACAUAAUAAAGAAUUAUUAAAGGGUAAUAAAUAGCUUGAUUAUCAACGUUUUAUCGACAAGAAACAAGGGUCGGUCAUACUACUACAACAACAACAACAACAAAUUAAAUUAACGAAAACAACAAGAAAAAAGAGAACAAAGCAUGCGAACAGGAAUAUUAGUACAUAAAUUUUGUCUUAUGUUUGUUUAUACUUUGUGAGUGUAGAUAUAGUUGACACUUUAAUGCUUGGUAGAUGUUUUUUUUUUUUUUUUUUUUUUUACUUCUUUCUCAAAGCAUGAAACAUACAACUGUAAAGUCUACCUAGGGAUAGAUUAGUAGGUUGAUACCUCUCAGACACAAAAGACAUGUUCCGGAAAAAGUUCCUAUGCUGAAAAUUCGUGUGUUGCUUUAAAAAAUAUUAUGUCAUCCUGAAGAGAACAUUAGUAAGCUCUAUGCCAGACUUUUUAAAAUUUAUUUUAAAAUCAAAGACUUUAGGUGAUUCAUAAUUUUUUUUAUUUCAUAUGUGCCUUGAUGUUUUGUAAAAUGUGAUAGAUGUUACUUUUUGUUCCACACUGUCCUUUACAUUUACUGGGAGCCUGAUAUGGAAUCGUAAACUGAUCCAGUGUUGUGCGGACUGACUUCUCUUUGAAAAAUAGGCAGAUGUGAUAAUGGACUUGAAAACUUGCACUUUAAUUCCAGAUUUGUUUGUUGUGAAAUACAUUUUUACAGUUAAUUUACUACACCGCUUUAGAAAUAUGAAUAUGUUUUAGUAGUUGUGGUCUGUUGCUUUGGGAGUUAUGUCUUUCCUACACUGGGAGCUCAAUGCACUGUGUUAUAAUACGAUAUCUAUGAAGUAAUAUUUGUAUGUUGUACGAUGUAUUUAUAGGUCUUGCACUCAGUAAAACACAACUUUUAAUUAAACCUUUAUGUACCGGCGACCUUUUCAUACGCCGUGGAUGUUGUUGUUGUUUCCUAAUCUCCUUUAUCAUUUCCUUCUUUGAGAACUAAAAACUCAAAUGUUAUAUGAUCCAGGACCAUGUCUUGGAGAAUGUGUUCUCUUAGAAACUAAAGGUAAUGGAGGUUAUCUAAUUUGAAAUCACUUCUUUAUAACACUACAUUUUUGUUCUUUGCACAAUUUUUUUUCCUAUAGACUAAAAACUUUACUGUAGUCAUAUCGCAGUAUAAAUGCCACUUGUAGUUUUAGUUUUUAAAGGUUCGUUUCUUUCUUUGCUUAAUAUUAUAAAUCUUACACCUCAUAUAUUUUUAACUAAUGUGUAAUAAAUUGGUCUAUAUUAUUAUCUUUUUUUAAA